AUGUCUACAGAUAGGCCUAUAAGGCUGGCAUUCCUUGGUGGAACAUGUACGGGCAAAACUUCGUUACUUUCAAGACUGACUAUAGAUUUAGUACGGGAGGUACAUUAUCCAACGAAGAAGCAAUCAAAUUGGUUGUUUACAUUUAAACCUCAUAGUCGUAUUGCUAGGGCUAUUUUAGAUGAAAAGGUUCAUGAGCGUUAUUAUUAUGAAAAUGGAAAUGUAAUAAGUGAGGCGGUGUUCAAGAGUCCAAGUAUAAAUGAUAAUGUUUUACUUUCCCCUCUUGUUUACCAAAGCAUAAUUGAGGAUUAUAACUAUGUAAAGAGUGCUACUAGGAAUGGCCAGAGGCUAUCUGAUGCGAAAGGUAAUCUUAGGUCUGAAAAUACAUACUACCAAUAUAUUACCAGUACAGAAGGAAGCAGCCACCACGAAUCGUGUUGGGAAACGUCGCCUACAGAUAUUCCUCUAAACUAUGUUCCUCCGGAAUAUUCAGAUAUAGCGAUUGAUGUGAUAGAUACUCCGGGGUUCGACCCAAAUAUGGUUGUCCCUUUCUUAGAGGUCUCGUUAUUUAGGAAUUUGGACAGUUCGAUUCUACGUGGUUUAGCAGAUCAGCCCAGAGAACCUGUUUCUACUCAGUCAAUGCUUGUUGCUUCAGGAUCUGCAGAGCUGAAUGGGAAGGUCGAUGGUUAUAUUUUGGUAUAUAGCGCUCUUCCCGAGUUAACGCAAAGUGACCCACCACCAUAUGACGAGCCAGAAUUAUCAGCAUUCCGUUCACAGAAACAAACUCCUUAUUCUACUACUUCAGCACAUAAACAUAAAGAUGGUGGAUUUUCGCUUCUUAAGUCUAUUAAGGACUGUUUCCUGGACGCUUGGACUGAAUUCCGAAACUAUCAGCGAAAUUGUGACGUGGAAAAAGAAUGCGACAUCUACUCACUAUCAUUUCCUUUCAAACAAACAUGGAAGACUGAGUCACAGAGUAGCGACAGGGCAAAUGAAUCGGGCUCCUUUAAAUCUCAUUUGGAGCAGCUAGAUUUGAAUCCUGAAUCUCCAGACUCACCUCCUCCGAUUCUGAUAGUGUGUACUCAUGUAAUGAAUCCGCUGCAUUCACCGCUACUUAUAGAGGAAGGAAAAAAUUUAGCUAUAGAAUGGAAUUGUGCAUUUGUUGCAGUAGAUAGCAUGCUCGAUGUUAACGUCGAUAUUGCGUUAGCUUGCAUUAUAAGAGACAUUAUAGAGAAAGAAAAACUAAUGAAACGACAUAUGACGAAAAAGAAGGGCGUUCUGGAGAGAAUAAUUAAAGGUUAG